AUGGAAGAGAGCGUCAUGGAAGAACGGGUGGAGCAGGACACAGUCUUCUGCGAAAAGACUGAACAGUUGAGCGCCAGUUCCGAUGCCGAUGGCUUUAGCAACUCCACCCCUGGGAACGACGAGAACGAGGAUGCGUUCGGGGAGAAGAUGGAGCCGCUGAAAUUGCCGAGCCACGACGUUCAGAUCCUCAGGUCUUCCUGGCACCAGCUGAUGGAUGCCGUCGGCCACGAUCGAGAACAGCUGGGCGACGUCCUGUACGUUGGGCUCACCGGCUCCUUAGCCGUGCUGAAGGAUCAGUUCAUCACGCCUCGAGCGGUGAUGUCUCUGCGGCUUUUCAAUGGAUUUCGAGUGGUGGUGGAGAAGGCGGAUGACCCGGCCGCGCUGCUGAACUUCACUGAGACCUUAGCCUUCAAGCAUCUGUCGUACGAAGUGACGCAGGUUCGUGCCGGCCUGGUUGCCGACACGUUUCUAGAGGUGCUAACGCAGAACGUGACCGAGGAGUUGCCACAAGGCGCCGGCGCAGUGUGGCGGCAGAUCCUUAUGUAUGUCGGGAGCGCUUUUCGAUACGUGAAGCAAACCUAUGGCAAGCGCUUGUCCGUGAUUCAGACUGACUGGGACAACAUCCAGAAUGCUGCAAUUGCUGAAGAUGAGGAGAGUGAGGUGGUGCGGAGCUUUCCCAAGAUGUGUGCCUUCUCCAACGAAGUGAUGGGCCAGCCAACCGAAGGUUGGAUGGAAGAGCUCCUGGCAGUUUUCAGCGUGCUUGUGGAGCGGGUAGGGAAUCCGUCCCACCUCGUCGAGGAGUGUGACCUACUUUCGCUGGCAAUGGUGGCGAGGUCGGAGGAGAUCAAGUUCGAGAGAUUCAAACCUGUCAUGCUCGCGGCCUUGCGAUCUCUGCUUCCGCAAACGUGGAGCACGGCGCACGAGGAAGCCUGGGAAUGGCUCUGGGCCACCAUCUCCAGGAACCUGACGGAGUCCACGAUGAAGGUGCGUGCAUUCAAACCGUACAACGCGAAGCUGUACGCGGCAAUGACGGACGAGCACAAGGAAACUUUUCGCACAACUGUGUACACGAAAUUCUUCGCCAAGUGCGUCGCCAGUCAAGACCUCUUCAAGCAGUCUCAGACGAGGCUCCGUUACAUCGCGGACAGGGUCAUGGCGGCUGCAUACGAUAUGAUGCAGCGGGACACCAGCGAGAUGGUGGACGACCUCUCUGCACUGGGCCUGCGCCACGUAGGCUAUGGGGUGCCGAUCGACCUCUUCGGGCCCUUCACGGACACCUGUGUGGAAGUCAUCAAGCCCAUCGUUCUGGAGCUUCCGAACUGUGUCACCUCGAAGAAGGACAUGCUCUGCCCAGCGGACAGAGCUCACUACCUGCCAGAAUGUGAACUGCAGCAACAUAUGAUGAUCGAGGGAUUCCGCUGGUCGAUUGGGCUGGUGGCGCGGAUUUUGAUGCGGACCAUCACGGAGGGCUCCACAGCCGUGAUGCAGGCCAUUCAUGCCGACAACUCCAAGCUCCUUCGACGAGCGCUCCGCGAUGCCCCUCGCGCUCAGCGCGUGUUUUGGCAGCUGCGGGUCCGCGUGGGCAGCCAGUCCAUCAGCCCGCUCUACUGGGCGUUGAGGAGUGGUUGCCACGGCGCAGCGAAGACCAUUGUGCAAGACAUCCUGACUAUCCGCGCAGACCGGGACCGAUACUACUACGGUGCGGACGAGCUUUUUAGGCUUCAGCCCGACAUCGUCGACAACCUGCUGCGUGAAGCGCCGGUCCUCGCGCACGACUUUCUAGACGGCCUCAUUUGGCGAUCUCACAAGACCCAGGACCUUACUGAGAGGGUUGAGGCCUUGAGGCCUUGGUUCAAGUUCUACGUGGAGAGAUUUCGUCCCGUUAUCUACUAUUUGGAGCACCUCUUGCAGGAUCAGGACGAGUCUCAGAUGCUCUCCCGGUCGCUGAAGUCCUUCGUCGUGUUUCGGGAUCCCCGGACAAUCACACACCCCAUUCUGGUUUUCGCACUGGACCUCAUUUGGGAAAAGCUGGUGAUGAGGUAUUUUCUACUGGACCGUCUCUGGACACUGGUAACCUUCGUCAUCUACAUCGCUGCACAGAGCGUUCUGAACCAGAAGGUCUACUUGGAGAAUCACGAGCUCCACUUGUGGGUGGGGAUCGCCCGGCUGAUGGUCUACUUGAUCGGCCUAGGCCGACUCCUCUUCUGGCAUGGGACCCAAAUGUACCGCGCCUUCGUGCACAAGGAUUACAUGGUGAUGCGGUGGCUGCGUAUUCCCAGCUAUCUCGCCCAGUGGGAUCAACAGCUCUCCCUGCUCCUCACGGCCAACCUCUUUAUGAUGUUGGCAGUGGAGCCUGUGCGCCAUUGCUUUGGAAUCGAAGAGGACAUGAUCGGGCUGCACUGUGUGGCCGUUACGCCAGCCAUGGAGAUUGCCUACGAGGUCCUUUCCAGCUUCGGGGUCUUCUUGUUCUCCUUGCUGGUCCUGGAUCUCGCAACCGUCUCCAUCAAGAUGUCCGAGUAUAAGGUGCUGUGUGCACGCGCGGUGGGGCAGGUUUUCCUUUGCCUCGGUGCUGUGAUCGCCUGCAUCUUCAUCUUCACCUUCGCCAUCGCGGCGAUGUCCAGAGAGGUAGACCUUGUCGGCUUGGAGGACUGCCCGAGCUUUCAGUGGUGCCCUUCGAAUUCUGCUGAGCACGGUGCGAACAGCCUCACAGCGUCACACAUCUCAAGAUGCAACCGGCUAAAGCGGAACUGUUGUAGUGCACUACACAACUGUGAUAUCGGUGUGCAUUCAAGCUGUCUUCCAGUGUAUAUGCUAGCUGCUAGGAGAGAAGUACAGCAUUCUCUAGCCAUGAGCUCGGAGAAUUCGCACUUGGAAAGUGCUACGGAUGUGUCUUUCUGCGAGACUCGUUCGGCCACAUACUCACGAUCAAGCAAGGACCAUCCUUUCAGCUAG